CUACAUUCGAAUAACAAAACUUUCCGUAAAAUUGUGUAAGCUUUUUUACAGAAAAAAGCUCACUAUGUCUCAUAACAACCAAACUGGCAAUUAUAAUGAAUGGAUUGAGGAUGCUAUUUCUAAAAAAUACAUUAAGCUUUAUGAACAUAAGCAUUUUAGUAAUAUUCAAGAAAUUGGCUCUGGCAACUCUGGUAAAGUUUAUCGUGCAAAUUGGAGAAAUUCAGGACAAUAUUUUGCGUUAAAAUCUUUUAACAAACUUGAUAACAUUACUAUUAAAGAACUUGUUCAUGAGCUCGGUCUUCAACAGGAGGUUGCUUUUCAUAGUAAUAUUAUAAGUUAUUAUGGAAUUACUCAAGAAAUUUCGAAUGAUCAGAUAAUAAAUUAUUUAUUAGUAAUGGAGUAUGCUGAUGGCGGAUCCUUACAAAACUAUUUGAAAAGAAACUUCGGUAAACUUACUUGGAAUGACAAAUACAAUUUGGCAUAUCAAUUGACUUGUGCAGUAUUGUGUUUACAUAAUGAAGAAAUUGUGCAUCGUGAUUUGCAUUCCGGUAGUGUAUUAGUUCAUCAAAAUACAAUAAAAGUAUCUGAUUUUGGAUUAUCAAAAGGAAUUAAAGAAAUAUCCAACCCUCAAUCACGAUUAGUUGGUGUUAUUCCGUAUUUUGAACCAAAAGGAUUCGUUGAAGAACAAUCAUAUUUAUUAAAUAAGAAAAGUGAUGUUUACAGUAUUGGUGUGCUUCUAUGGGAAAUAUCAAGCGGUAAACCACCUUUCGAAGGCAAACAAUAUGAUCGUGAAUUAGCCAAACGAAUCACACAAGGUCUCAGAGAAACGAUUGUUCCAAAUACACCGCCUAAUUAUAGUAAGCUUUAUGUUGAAUGUUGGGAUGGUGAACCAGAUAAUCGUCCAAAUAUGAAUGAUGUGUUUAAUAGAUUAAAAACAAUUAUUGACGUGACACAUACCAAUAAUAAUAAUUAUGAACCAGUACCUUUCCAUAUAAUCAGAAUGAUUUAGACUUCAUUUUUUUGCUUGGAUAUUUUUAUUACGUGGGAAUUGAGACAAGUAAAAAUUAUGAAAGUGCAUUUCGAUUAUUUAAAUGUGCAUCUAAUAUAUCUAAUAAUAAUGCAUCAGGACAGAAAAAGUCCUAUAUAUU